CCAGCGCAGGGGGCGAUGCGAUUGGCCGCAGGCUGGCUGACGUCGCGGGGCGGGGCUCAGGCCCUGAAUGGGGGCAGCAUGUCGGCGUCCGGCCCUUCGCGCUGGGGGCUGUGGCGGGGCCGGGCCAUGAGCCGGCGUGUCUUGGAGCCUCGGUCCCCCGGGAAGCGGUGGCUGGUGGCUGGCCUGGGGAACCACGGACUGCCUGGUACGAGGCACAGUGUGGGCAUGGCGGUGCUGGGGCAGCUGGCUCGACGGCUGGGAGUGGCAGAAAGCUGGGCGCGCGACCAGCGCUGCACUGCUGACCUCGCCCUGGCCCCCCUGGGGGAUGCCCAGCUGGUCCUGCUCCGGCCGAGGCGGCUCAUGAAUGCCAAUGGGCGCAGCGUGGCCCAGGCAGCUGAGCUGUUUGGGCUGACUGCGGAAGAGGUCUACCUGGUACAUGAUGAACUGGACAAGCCCCUGGGGAAACUGGCUCUGAAGUUGGGGGGCAGUGCCAGGGGCCACAAUGGAGUCCGUUCCUGCAUUAGCUGCCUCAACUCCAGUGCAAUGCCAAGGCUACGGGUGGGCAUUGGGCGCCCAACACACCCUAGUGCAGUAAAGGCCCACGUCCUGGGCUGCUUCUCCCCAGAGGAGCAGGAGUUGCUGCCCCCGUUACUAGAUCGUGCUGCUGACCUGCUCUUGGACCACAUCCGUGCACGAAGCCAGGGUGCCUCACCAGGCCCCUGACACCAAUGGACACAGCUGCCUGCCUGAUUGCUACCCACAAACCAGCUGUGCCACAGAACUGCCAUGCCCACCUGUGAUGUCCACUUUUUAUAUAACUCUUCUCUGGGCUGUCCCAGGCCACUUGCAGACUUAAGAUGGGGACUGCGGCUGUCUGGAACAGUCCAUUUCCAGGAUAGGGGUUUGGUCAUUUCUCCGCGUGCCACUUGGGAUGCAGGAAAACGUCAGGAAGACUAAACUUUUGGAGUUUUUUUAGAGAGCCAGAGGUGUGGGUCUGUAAGAUUAAAGAUGCUGGCUUGGAA